UGUAGGGAUCCUGCAAUGCACUCAGAAGAACAGUGUUCCCCCCUGGCAGCUAGAGAAACGCCGCUCUCUUAUCCUUUGCUCUUCUCUUAUUUCCUUUCCUCUCCUCUCCUCACAUCUCUUGAGUAGCCACACGGUCUGCACCGUUAAUCCGCACCUGAACGCAGCACGGAACGGAAUUUUCUCUCUUUUCGUUGCGGUGCGCAAUAAAAAGAAAUCGGAAAGCGCGUCUCAGAGCGUCUCGGUCAGAAAGGAGAGUCAACGAUGAUACCACCGAUAGACGCUGUCCCAUUGUGAGACCUGAACAGAGCAGGACGCGGAUUGCGUGUGCGUGUUUUCCUUGAUUUACCCCAGGAGGGAACUCGUAGUGAAGUGUGAAGCGAAAUUGUGCGUUUUCUUGUAGGAUUUGGCGAGAAAAAUCCCAGCAGGAGAAGCAAGGACAACUGGACUUUGGGCAUUAUUACUAAGCGAGGAAGCGCCUUUCACGCAGGAGCUCGGCGCACGGAGAACCAUGGUUUUAUUUGUAAUGGAUUUCUAAAAAGGAACUCGCUUGUUAAAGUUCCCCAGUUCGUAGUAUGAGAGGAUUUCUACGGAGAAAGAACUUGAUAAGGCAAAAUCAAAUCUCUGAAGCUAUAAAAGCAGUAGAAAGGAUCUAGACGAGACUGGUGUCUUAACGAACUGUUUUCAAAGGACCGGGCAAAGGGCACGGAAAAAAGUUUUCUCAACAACUGAGAGAUAACCAGAGGUUGCCAAUGCCUGGAGUCAGCGUUUGAGCCGAUCACAAGACAUACGUUUCCUCGUCAAAAUGCGGAGCAUCUGGAAGUUCUUCAUUACCGUGUGCCUGGCAGAAUUUGCUUUAUCGAGGAGCAUCACGACACAAGCAGUCCGCUCGAAAGAUCCCAGAGUACACCGGCCAACCCUCCAGCUAGGCUUUCCUGAGAACUCCACUGUCUUAGUCGGAGGUCAGGUAAAGUUGGUAUGUAAAGUCCAUCGGCCAGCCACAACACGUCUCCAGUGGUUCAAGAAGGACAGGGAUCGCCUGGGGCCUGACGGUUCACCGCUUCUUAAGCCCAUCACUCCUCUUCAUGACAACAUCUCCAAAGUCAACGUUCUUCCUUUGGUAAACAUCACCUUGGAAGAUGCAGGAGAGUAUAUAUGCAUGGCGAAAAACUCUGCUGGAUGGACUAGUAAUUCAGCGUGGGUGGAAGUCUUAACAGAAAUCCUUCCGGUUAAAUCUAUGGACCAAUUGACUGUGGCUGAAAAUCCAAUAGAAGUGUCUGAGGAGCAGAGUGAGGAGACAUCGGAACAGCUCCUGCUAGAACCGGGUGAUGUGCUCAAACUCCGUUGUGACACAAACCGCCCUGGAGCUGUCCACUGGUUCAAAGGAGAUAUUCGAGUGCAACAUAGCCCUCGUAUUCAGAUAAGAGCAGGAGUCAUGGAGAUUACAGAUGCGACAUACGAGGACUCAGGAGUCUAUGUUUGUAUGAUCCGUGGUUCCAGAGAACCUCUGCGCAACUUCACCAUCACAGUAGCAGAUGCUAUGGGAUCUGGUGAUGAUGAUGAGGAUGAUGGUCAAGAAGAUUCUGUUACAGAGACAGAAAAUGACCAAGUCUACAUCUCAAGAGGCCCUUACUGGACCCACGUCCAGAGGAUGGAGAAAAAGCUUUACGCUGUCCCAGCAGGAAACACAGUUAAAUUCCGCUGUCCGGCUACAGGAAGCCCACUGCCCUCAAUCCGCUGGCUGAAGAAUGGCAGAGAAUUCAGAGGAGAGCACAGGAUUGGAGGAAUCAAGUUGCGGCAUCAGCACUGGAGCUUGGUCAUGGAGAGUGUGGUGCCCUCGGACCGUGGGAACUACACUUGUGUGGUGGAGAACAAAUACGGCUCCAUCACUCAUAGCUACCUCCUCGAUGUGUUGGAACGCUCUCCUCACAGACCCAUUUUACAAGCUGGUCUACCAACAAAUACUACAGCAGUGGUCGGUGGGGACGCCCAGUUCCACUGCAAGGUCUACAGUGACGCGCAGCCACACAUUCAGUGGCUGAAGCACAUUGAGAUGAACGGCAGCCGGUAUGGGCCUGAUGGCAUACCCUAUGUCAAGGUUGUCAAGACAGGCAGCUUGAACAUGUCUGAGGUAGAGGUACUAUAUCUGACGAACGUUACGAUGGAGGAUGCUGGAGAGUAUACAUGUCUGGCUGGAAACUCUAUUGGCUUCUCACAUCAGUCUGCAUGGCUCACUGUCCUAUCUGAGGAAGAUGUGGCCAAAGAGAUGGACCUUAUGGAGACCAAGUAUACCGACAUCAUCAUUUAUGCCUCAGGCUUCCUAGCCUUGGUGAUGGCCAUCGUGAUUGUGGUGUUGUGCCGAAUGCAGACCCACCCCAGCCGAGAGCACUUUGAUGCCCUCCCUGUGCAGAAACUUUCCAAAUUUCCUCUCCGCAGACAGUACUCCGUCGAGUCCAACUCCUCUGGGAAGUCCAGUGCUUCUCUAAUGAGAGUGGCGCGUCUUUCCUCCAGCUGUUCUCCGAUGUUAGCUGGAGUCAUGGAGUUUGAGCUUCCCUAUGAUCCUGACUGGGAGUUCCCAAGAGAGAAUUUGACUUUAGGGAAACCUCUUGGCGAGGGUUGCUUUGGUCAGGUGGUGAGAGCAGAGGCUUAUGGGAUAAACAAGGAUAAUCCAGAUCAAGUAACCACCGUGGCAGUCAAAAUGCUGAAAGACGAUGCAACUGACAAAGACUUGGCUGACCUUAUCUCUGAAAUGGAGCUUAUGAAAGGCAUGGACAAGCACAAGAACAUCAUAAACCUUCUUGGUGUUUGCACUCAGGAAGGUCCACUCUAUGUGCUGGUUGAGUAUGCCUCUAAAGGAAGUUUGCGCGAGUACUUACGAGCACGUCGUCCUCCCGGAAUGGACUACACCUUCGACGUGACCAAGGUUCCAGAAGAGCAGCUCACGUUCAAGGACCUGCUCUCUUGUGCCUACCAAGUGGCACGAGGAAUGGAGUACUUGGCUUCAAAAAGGUGCAUUCACCGAGAUCUAGCAGCAAGGAACGUUCUGGUCACAGAGGAUAACGUCAUGAAGAUCGCAGAUUUUGGUUUGGCCAGAGGAGUGCAUCAGAUUGAUUACUACAAGAAAACCACGAAUGGACGUCUGCCAGUGAAAUGGAUGGCACCAGAGGCCUUGUUUGACAGAGUUUACACGCACCAGAGCGAUGUUUGGUCUUUUGGAGUCCUGAUGUGGGAGAUUUUCACAUUGGGAGGCUCGCCGUACCCUGGAAUCCCAGUAGAGGAGCUUUUCAAGCUGUUGAAAGAAGGUCAUCGCAUGGACAAACCCUCCAACUGCACACAUGAACUAUACAUGAAGAUGAGAGAAUGCUGGCAUGCAGUUCCUACACAGAGGCCAACCUUCAAACAGUUGGUGGAAGAGCUGGACAGAGUGUUGCUGUCUAUUUCAGACGAGUACCUCGACCUGUCGACCCCUUUUGAACAGUACUCCCCAUCUUGUGAGGACACUUCCAGCUCUUGCUCUUCAGACAAUGAUUCAGUGUUUACCCACGAUGCCUUGUCCACCGAUCCAUGCCUGCUUGGUUAUCACGACGUGCGUUCUCGACUAGACAUGAAGACGACACUACGAUAAACCGCUCGUCUAGGACUCCAGUUUGUGGAUAUCAAAGUUUGCAUAUAAGACACUCGGCCGGUACGAAGCAGUCACAUGAGGAGCAGACUUUGGCCUUCGAUUGCUCUGCGCAAAGAACAUUAUCAAAAUGCUUGGCACUACAAAACCUGGUGACAAAAAUGGCUGCCUCAAAUAAUCAGGUUUCUAAUACAGUAACUGGACUGCCUGGUAAAGAAGCUAUUCAGUCUCGGUUUCCUUUGUAAUGAAUGAAUGCUGCUUAUUAUGUAUAAAGUCCCAAGUAUCUGAGCAGCAUAGAAGCUGGAGUGUGCUGAAACAACCAGAUUUUUGUUUUGUUUAAAAAAAGAGAACAUUUAUUUUGAUAUAAAAGUUGAUAGCAUUGUUAAAUAUAAAAUUCUCUCUAUAUAAAGAUUAUUCUACAUUUUUGUUCUAUUUAAAGAGUUGUCUUAAAUCUCAGGAUCUCGCAUAGGUGAAAUUGCUGCUGUGGCAGCAACGUGCCUGAAUUUUGAUUUCCUGUGAAUAUCUUAAAAUAUUUUAUAUACAUAUCAUUGAAUAAGACAAUUACCUUUUAUAAAUUAUUCUAAAGCAUAUGAAGUCAAGGUGCUGGGUGAAGAAUUUUGACAUAAUUCCAGUACAGCUCAUUAAAGCAGAUCGGUAUGGUGCAGUCGAGUUUGUACGUAGAGCAUUUGUGAGCACAGCUUGAAAAGCUCGCUGCCAUAACAAAAGCCAAGCCUCGUUCCGGUGUCACUAUACUGUACAGAGAGAAAAGGACUGGAUUGAAUGUGAAAACCACCCUUGAGGUUGAUUGAUUUAAAAUGGGAGAAUCUUCCAUUGUUUGGCUGUAACCUUUUACCUAGCACAGUUUGUUUGCAGGGUCCAAGCGCAGGCCAAGUUGGACAAUAGGCCCAUGCAGCUGUAAUGGGUGUGACCAUAGGACAGGGUGAUUGGGGGGAUGUCUGAGCCUGCGUGCAAAUGAGGUGGCCCCUUAUUAUGGUAAUGGAUCCAGCUGCCCAUCUUUCUCCUCCACUAUCUUUUUAAUAUACAAAUGCUAAUGGUGCCCUUUCUGAGCAAACUCUGCAGUGUUCUUCAGGGAAUGCAAGGCCUCACCCGCACGCAGAUAAGGCAGCUUUCUCAAGUUAAUUUACUCAUUGCUUUUAAUGCCCAGUCAGCGAUGCUCCUCCGAAUCCCUUGGGGAACAUUCGGCCUUCUGCGUGCGCAUUAGAAUGAGUCGACCAGCCAGUCCUCCUUCUCUUCUUUUAAAUGCAGGGGUGAAAAAUGUCAUUAUCUUAUAUGAGUUACGAUCGGGGAUCAAAUUCACCACCUUAAUAGGGUGGCUUGAUCUAAAAAAGCUCACCUAGUCCCUUCAUGUGGCCUUAAUAAGAAUAAAACAGAAUUCUGUAGGGUGAAGAAAGCAGGAAGUAAAUAAUGAACUGCAUGACAUUCCAUUUAUGUACUCCAUAUAAAAUUUAUAGCAAUCAACAAUGUUCUUAUGCAUUUUUUUUCCUUGAGAGAAUUAUUUUAGAAAUAUCUAAUUUAUUUGUUUAUUGUGUUGUUUUAUAUUAAAUAAAGGAUAAUUUAAACUACUUGCA